AGACAAAUGUAGCAGAAGCAAAUAAGAAGAGCGUAGAAAAACAACAAAGACGGACAAAAACAAGUCGAAACUUAAAUUUGUAUCUGAGAAUUUAAAAGUGACUUUUUGUGCGAAUUCUCGAAUUUUUGUUGUUGUGAAAUAGUGCAAUAAAUUUUUAUCAUACAACAUAUCAAAACGAAAAAAAGCAAACGAAACAAACAAAAACAAAACCAGCCAGUGAAAGUGUGUGAAAUAAAAGAUACAUCAUAGAUAAAUAGCAACUGAAACAGAUUGCUAAAAUGGCAGCAUAUCAAAUGAAUUUCAACCAGGACUUUACAUCUCUGUCUGUGCUGAGUAGCACUGGCCUGCGUUUAUAUUCGAUAGGUGGUCAGGAUAAAGUCGAGGAGAUCUUUGCCAAGGACAAUACGGAGCAAAUAAGGAUUGUGGAGCGGCUCUUCAACAGUUCUCUGGUGGUGCUGGUCACCUCACAGAAGCCCAACUGUCUGAAGAUGCUGCACUUUAAGAAGAAACAGGACAUCUGUAAUUGCUUCUAUCCCUCGGAGAUUCUCUGCGUGCGGAUGAAUCGACAGCGUUUAAUUGUCUGUCUGGCCGAGAGCAUACACAUACACGAUAUACGCGACAUGAAGAUCCUCCACUCCAUUGAGAACAUUGCGCCAAAUGAGCUGGGACUCUGUGCGCUUUCCCUCAAUUCGCACCUAGCGUUUCCCAUCUGCCAAUCCAGCGGUGAGCUGCGUAUCUUCAAUGCCAACAAACUGAGAACGGGCAUGACAAUUAAGGCACAUGACACGCCCCUUUCAGCGCUUACCUUCUCGCCCAGCGGAGCUCUAUUGGCAACCGCCUCCGAGCGAGGCACUGUGAUACGUGUCUUCUGUGUGAAGAAUGGACAGCGGGUGCAGGAGUUCCGGCGAGGAGUCAAGCGCUGUGUUCGAAUCGCAUCUCUGGUCUUUGCAGCGGGCGGUGACUUUCUGUGCGCCUCCUCCAACACGGAAACGGUGCAUGUCUUCAAGAUCGAUGCGAAGGCUGUGGAAGUGGCGGAACUCAAGGCCAUAGCUGAAGUGGCGGCCAAGUGCGACAGCCUGUCUAAAGAAGCGACGACGACGACGACGACGACGACUUCGAAAGCGACAGGUGUAAAAGCAACGGCAGAGGAAGCGACAGAAGCUGCUCCUGCUCCGGCUGCAGCCAGCUGGGGCGGCAUGUUCACCAAGGCGGUGUCAUCGUUGUUGCUGCCGGCUCAGGUGAGCGAAGUGCUGGCCCAGGAUCGAGCCUUUGCUACGGUAGCGUUGCCCCAGUCGGGUCUGAAGAACAUCUGUGCACUGACACGGGUGCAGAAAGAGCUGCGUCUGUUGAUUGCCUGCGAGGAUGGAUUCCUCUACAUGCACGACUUUAACGUGGAGCGAGGUGGCGCUUGCAAGUUGCUGGCGGUGCACGAUCUACGUGGUGCUCUCGAGGACGUCAUUGAGCUGCAGCUGAGCGAGAGUGUGAUGCGUACGCCAUCAAAGCCUCUGCCAGCAACAACAAUGCCACAACAAUCGUUGACCAUGCUAAAGAGCUGUGCGGCCAGUGUGCUUAUCGAGAAUCCAGAUCCGGCGCCGGAUAAUAGCUAUGCGGGCAUAUUGCGUGGUGAGCAGGCGGAUGCCAUGUCAGAUUCUGCCAAAUUUCGCAAGCUUUGCGAUGCCAUUGACACGCCCACAAAGCUGUACGACGAGCGACAGUUUCCGCCCGUGGCCAUCGCAGCAAAGGAUUGACAGCGACGCCAUGCCCACAAAGAUAUGAUGGUUGUCGAGAAAUCUCAGUGUGGUUAAGAACGCUCUCUGCAUUUCGAAAUGUCCAAACAGUUGUUAAAAAAUCCCAAAAAAAAUUUAUGAAAUUAGCUAAUUAUUUAAAGCAAUUUAUUAUAGUUUAACAAAACAUUAAAAAACAAAAACAAUUAAAAAAAAAAACAAACACUCGUCAGAGGAAAAUCGCAAAAAAAAGUAUUUUAGUUAAUACGAUAAUGUAAUUAAUGUCUAUGCUUAGCAAUAAUUAAUUCAUUGCUAAUUUAUGCAAUUCGUUUUUGUAUAUAACUAACUUUAACUUGUAACUUUUAGGUCAAAAUUAAACUCUCGGCAUUCUCAUUUCGAUAGUUGUUCUCUCUACUUUGUAAAAUAUAUGUAUUUAUUUAUACGGGAAAAUCUAAUUUAAUCUUAUGUA